AUGAGUACUACCAGUGGUUCAGCCGAAGCUGCGUCGAAAAACGAAUACGUCCUUCCCAAAGUGUGGAAACAAGAGGGUGCCAAUGGAGGCAAGUGGUCCGGUAUCAACCGUCCCACUGCCGGGGCUCGUCACGAACAAGAGUUACCCCGAGGCAAACAUCCCUUGCAACUCUACAGCAUGGGGACGCCCAAUGGAGUCAAGGUGACGAUUCUGCUGGAAGAAUUGUUAGAGGCGGGUGUCAAAGAAGCCGAAUACGAUGCCUUUUACAUUAAUAUUGGAGAAGGAGAGCAAUUUGGAAGUGGAUUUGUGACACUCAAUCCAAACUCCAAAAUUCCCGCAUUGCUCGAUACCACCACCAACACGCGCAUGUUCGAGUCGGGAUCCAUUCUAUUGCAACUCUCGGAAAAAUUCAACAACACAUUUUGUCCACCCGAAUUGCGCAGUGAAGUCUUGAAUUGGCUCUUUUGGCAAAUGGGGGCUGCUCCGUAUCUGGGUGGCGGCUUUGGGCACUUUUAUCAUUACGCUCCCUACAAGAUGAAAUACCCCAUUGAUCGAUUCACCAUGGAAAUUAAACGACAAUUAGAUGUUCUCGAACGGCAGCUGGCAGAAAACAACAAAACGUACCUGUUGGGGGACGACUAUACGUUGGCGGAUAUUGCCAUUUACCCAUGGUACGGAACUCUUGUUCUAGGAAAGGGGUAUCCGGAUGCCGAUGUCUUUUUGAAUGCCAAGGAGGAAUACCCCAAUGUGGUGCGAUGGGCCCAACACGUUGCCGGCAGGCCGGCCGUGAUUCGAGGUAGCAUGGUCAACAAACGUUGGGGAGAAGAACACGAGCAAUUGGAAGAACGUCACGAUGCCGCCGACUUUGAUGAGAAUCUAUCCAAACUAUGA